AUCAGUCUUGAAGGAACUUUCGAUGAGAAAUAUCGUAAAUCAGUGUAUUUUUUAAUAUGAGGCGCUCUUGUAUAUUUUUAUUAGUGUUUUACCAAAUAAUAUUCCUAACAUAUCACAAUGUGUGCGGGCAAAAAGACAGUGCGAAACAGUUUUUAUUCGUCACAAAGGAUCCCGACAUCUUUACGCGUAAACCUAGCAGAAUCAAUAUAGAGGAAAAUACGUCGUCGUCCUCCGUGUUAGAACGCAGUAAACGCGACACAAAAAGUAGCCUUCCAUUCAGCUUGGAUAAUCGGGGCAAAAAUAUAUCAACAAUAGUAAAUAGAUUGAAUGAUUCUCAUGCUCAAUUGAUGGUGCAUUGGCUGGGCGAAGGCACAGAUGUGAUAAUUUGCUUGGCGCGUGAACCUCCAUUGGGUAUUUUAGAUGAUCCAAAGAAAUCUCCGCCGCCGUCGCCAUCAAGCGUUUUCCUGUCAUUCGAUUAUGGAGACACAUUUGCCGAUAAGAGUGAUCUGUUCAAUCUCACAAUUAAUGGAACGAGCAUUCGAUCGACCGUAGAUGAAUUUAUCACACACUUGAAGUUCAAUACCAUUGUCUUCACCGAUGCACGAAACAAAGCAAUAUUUUCGUCGAGUGACUAUGGUAGAACUUUCCAAAGUAGUCUUUUGGAUUUUAAACCGUCUGAUGUUACGUUUUACGAACAGGAUUCAAAGACAUUUUUAGCAUUGGAUAAAGAAGAUCCCGAAAGAAAGCUUUAUUAUACAACAGACCUUGGAAAGUCUUUCAACCUUUUACAAAGUCGCGUCAAAUCCUUUGUUUGGUCUUCGAUUGAAGGUUAUCCAGUUCAUUUGUACGUUGAACGAACAGAACUCACAAAUACAUCUUCAAUCAUCUUUUUGGAUGCUGCUGACUUGAUUGGAUUUAAAAUUGGCACGAAAAACAAGUUUAAUUUGCUCAUUGAGAAUGUUCAGGAAUUCUUCAUCAAGAAGGACUUUAUGUUCGCAACCCAAAAGAUACUCGACGAAACAAAAGUUUUGAUCUCAUAUCGUCGAGGUCGUUUCGUAAAAGCAACUUUUCAAACGGAAUUAGAUAUCAAAGGAAUUCACGUAGCAGAUGUCGAAGGCAAACGAAUUCUCUUGUCUGUCAUGCAUACGGAGAAAAUUUCGCAUUUGUACGUGUCUGAAUCGAAUGCCGACAUGAGCGAAAUUAAGUUUGUCCCAAGUUUGGAGAACAUUUUCAGUUAUUUGCCGAAUCAAAAUUGGCGUACAAGUUGGUUGGUUCAAACAUCGGAUGAGGCAUUCACGGAUUUGUACAAAGUUGAAGGGCUACAAGGCAUUUAUAUCGCAUCAAAAAUCAACAAAAUGCCUGCGGGAGAAUUAAUUUCGCCGGAUCAUCUCGUUUCUGUUAUUACAUUCGAUCAUGGAAGUACAUGGAGACCAAUAAGUGCUCCGACAGUUGACGAUGAAGGCGUGAAGAUUCAAAAUUGUAAAGAAUGUUCGUUGCAUUUGUCACAAAAAUUCAGUCAACUUUAUCCCGUAACACGUUCCGUGUCGAUCAUGAGCAGCAAAUCGGCGCCCGGAGUGAUAAUUGCUUCCGGAGUUAUCGGAAAAUCGUUAAAAGGUCAUCCGGGAGUAUUCAUUUCGCGUGAUGCUGGUUUAACGUGGAAACAAAUCCUGAAGAAUUAUUACUUUUUCAAUAUGGGCGAUCAUGGGGGAGUUUUAGUUGCUGUCAAGUAUUUCAAGAGCAAAGGAGAAACGAAUGAAAUUUUGUAUUCAACUGAUGAAGGAGAAACAUGGAAAUCGCAUCCAUUCCAUGCGAACGAUUUAAAAGUUUAUGGAUUAAUGACAGAACCGAACACGAAUACGACAAUUUUCACACUUUUCGGAUCUGAAGUUAAUGAACACAAAUGGCUUAUUAUCAAAAUCGACUUGAAAAAUGCCUUCACAGCAAAUUGCACGGAAGAUGAUUACAAGUUUUGGGCUCCCGGAUUGUAUUCCGAUGGAUCGUUGAUGCCUUGUUUGCUCGGGCAACGUCUCACGUAUCAACGAAGAAAGCCUCAUGCUCAAUGUCAUAACGGUUUAAACUAUGAGAGACCUUUCAAAACGGAGGUUUGCGGUUGUAACAAAUGGGAUUUCGAAUGUGACUUUGGUUUUACGAGACCAAGUCGCAGCAGUCAUUGCGUAAGAAACAAAACAAUUCCGAACUUCGAUCCAUUUGAACCGCCAAAAAGUUGUAAACCGGGCAAAUAUUACAACCGUACGAAAGGAUAUCGAAAAAUUGAUGGAGAUGUUUGUAUCGAAGGUUUUGCAAAUCCCUUCUUACCGCAAGAAAUUCCAUGUCCCGUGAAAUUUGAUAAGGAAUUCUUGAUUGUUGCGCAACGUGAUAAGAUUUCAUCGAUUGAUUUGUCAACAAAUUCAGCAGAAAUUUUACCCAUCAAAGGAGUGAAGAAUGUCAUUGCAAUUGACUUUGAUCGCAAACAUAAUUGCGUCUUUUGGGCAGAUAUUCUCUCCGAUACAAUAGGAAGACAAUGUCUCAAUGGCAAUGAAUCUGCGGAAAUUUUAGUUGAAACAGGCUUGGGAUCUGUCGAAGGAAUGUCUUACGAUUGGACUUCGGAGCUUUUGUACUUUGUCGAUGGAUUGCGGUUGAGAAUUGAAGCUGUUUACGUCGGAAAUACAACAAAUCACGGGCGUUUCCGAAAGACAAUUAUCGCAAAUUUGGCAAAACCUCGAGGAAUUGUCGUUCAUCCAUUGCAAGGUUACAUCUUUUGGACUGAUUGGAGUUCAACGAGACCUACAGUAUCUCGCGCCAACAUGGAUGGCAGUGAUAUGCGUGAACUUUUCAAGAAACCCGAUGUUAUUUGGCCCAAUGGAAUAACUGUCGAUUACUUUUCCGAUCGUAUCUAUUGGGUAGAUGCGAGUAAAGAUUAUAUUGCAAGCUCUGAUUUGCACGGCAACAAUUUCCAUAUCGUCAUGCAACAAGAUCCGCGUGUCGGGCAUCCUUUCGCAAUUGCAAUUUUCAAAGAUCUCAUGUAUUGGGACGAUUGGAAGAUGAAUUCUGUCUUCCAAGCUGACAAAGAUCAAGGCAUUAUGAUUCAGACAAUAACGCACAACAUGCAACAUCUCAUGGAUUUGAAACUUUUUGGUCAUUCGAUUCAAGAAGGCAACAAUUCUUGCUCAAAUAACAAACAUAACUGUGCUCAUGCGUGUGUUGCUGCUCCCGGAGGCAAAUUCAGUUGCUUGUGUCCCGAAGGAAUGGUUCAAAACAAAAAUGGAGAUUGUUUGUGUCCCGGAGGUUUGAAACCUUUUGGCAAUAAUACGUGCCCGCAAGCAGCUAAUACAUGCGCUCCCGGAUAUUUCACGUGCAAAAACAAGAUUUGUGUUCCGAAUACGUACAAAUGUGACGGCGAAGACGAUUGCGGCGAUAGAUCCGAUGAGGAAGGAUGCACAUCGAAUAAGCCUCCGUGUCCUCCGCAUAUGUUUACAUGCAAAACUGUCGAUAAAUGUAUUCCUGAUUACUUUGUGUGCGAUUACGACUCAGAUUGUCCCGAUGGAAGCGAUGAACAAAACUGCAAAGUUCCUGAAUGCAAAAGUUACGAGUUCAAGUGCGGCAAUGGAAGAUGCAUUAGUAGUAAAUGGGUUUGCGAUGGAGAAGAUGAUUGUCGGGAUGGAAGUGACGAAGUUUGUGAUCAAAAAUCUUCUGUAACAUGUAAAGCAGAUGAAUUUAAAUGUAAUUCGACAGGCAGCUGCAUUCCCGAUCAAUGGAGAUGUGAUUUGGAUAACGAUUGUCAAGAUGGCUCUGAUGAAUUGUAUUGUCGUAACAAGACAUGCGAUGCUUGGAUGUUCCGUUGCGGCGACGGUUUGUGCAUUUACAAGACAUGGCAAUGUGAUGGCGAAAACGAUUGCGCAGAUCAUUCUGACGAGAAAAACUGUUCAAAUCUUGUUCCGCCAAAAGGUUCGAGCAAAACGCCUCCCGGAUAUCUUCCCGACGAUACUUGCCACGAUUGGAUGUUUAAAUGUUCGAAUCAAAAGUGCAUCCCGUAUUGGUGGAAAUGCGAUACUGUCAACGAUUGCGGAGACAAUAGCGACGAAAUUGGAUGCGAAAAUAAUGCUACAACGAAUUCCGUGACAACAACAACGGAAAAAUCAACGAUAAAUCGCCCUCGUUGUCGUCCCAAUGAAUUUGCAUGUGAUUCGGGAAAUUGCAUCUCGAUGCGUUACGUGUGCGAUAAUUACACAGAUUGUGCGCAUGGAGAAGAUGAAAAAGCAUGUCCUCAAAAUCAACAAUGUAGCCCGGGAGAAUUCAGAUGCUUGAGUGACGGACUGUGUUUGCCAUUGUCGAAAUAUUGCGACAAAAUUAUCCAUUGUGCAGAUGGAAGCGAUGAGAAUUGUCAAUUCCCCGUGUAUCCGGCGAAAAAUAAUAAUUGCGAAAAUAAUCCGGGAAUGUUUAUUUGUGAUGACUCGUGUUUGCCUCUUAUGAAGAAAUGUGAUGGCAAAGUUGAUUGUAUCAUCACGGGCGAAGAUGAGGACAAGAAAAUGUGUUCAAAUUUCCAACGUGUAUAUCAAGUAAUUCAAAUUGGAGUUGAUGAACGAACAUUGAAUGCAACAAGUUUCCUCAUCUAUUGGUGGAUUCCUGUGCCUGCAAACAUCACGUUCGAAUAUUUGCCGUCAAUUUACAUCAACGGAAGAUGGCAAAAUAACACAGAUUGGAUCGAAACAGCAACGGAUUACAGAUUUACGAAACUUUUGCCAUACACAGUCUAUAAUGUGACAGUUUAUGUUCGUAUCAAGGGCAGUAAGAACGUUUUCCCGCCUCAUUUGUUCUAUGAAGUUGCAACGAGCGAAGGCAUUCCAACUGUUCCCUUGAAUGUUUCCGUAACUCAAAUCAAUGGAUCACGCGUUCAAGUUUCAUGGGUUCCUCCAAAAGCCAUUAACGGGCAUCUCGAAGACUAUUUCAUCUUCUACAGAGCUCAAGUAGCAAAAACUGGCAUGGUUUCAUCUGUUCGAGUUGGCGCAUUGGAAAAUUCAACAAUUAUCGAAUCCGAGUUCAAAGACAAUGUUGUUUACGAAUUUUGGGUUAAAGUGAAAAAUCGUCGUUUCUCAUCGGCGCCUUCUGAACACGUAACUCUAAAAUUCGAUGGAACAGCAAACAUUGACGCCAUUACAGGAUUAAAGAUCGAAAGUCAAGAAAACGAUUCAAUUACCGUGUCAUGGGAUAAAGUCAAAAAAGCUGAUGGAUACAUUUUGCAACCGAUUUUGCCGCAACCAUAUCCGCGUCUUGAUUCGUUCAAAACCAAAGAUGCUCGUGUCAAAAUGGAGAAACUCGUGCCAGGCGUACAAUAUGUUCUGAAGGUAUCUGCUUACGUGAAACGAUAUGUUGGGCGCCCACAAACUCUGAUAUUCACAAUUCCGAAAAUUGAUCCGUUGCCCGUCGUGAAGAACGUAAAUGUCGUCAAAGCGGGAGAUGUUAUUAAAGUAACGUGGGAUAAAGCAACACAUCCAACAUACUCAAAUCUCCAUUAUGGCAUCUAUUAUGGCACGACGUUGGAUGAGUUGGCAGAAAAACCUCGAUUGAAGACAAUUAACACGAACAUCGAAAUAAAAAAUAUGAAGCCAUGCGAAUCGUAUUUAGUGAGUGUGAAUGUUAUCGAACCCAUUGGACCUGGACCUUUGUCAGAUCCGAAAAUAAUUGCAACAGGAUUCAAAUUGACUGAACCUCCGAGAAAUUUGCAAGUUGACAUCAAGGGAUCAGAUAUGUAUGUUACAUGGGAACCAAGUUGUCCGUUGUUGACGAAUGCAAAUCUUGUCGAAUAUAUGAUUACUGUUCGUGAACAUAUUCUCAACAAAACGAAUCACGUAACGAUUCAACCGACGCCAAAUCGCACUUUAGUUCAUCAUUUCGGAGGAAUUCCAAAAGGAUCACAUUAUACAGUUACUGUCGCUAUAAAUACGGAAAAAGCUCAACCUGCAGUCGCUGAAGUUUCAGCAGAUCCUCUUCCUUCGCCAACUCAAUUGCGUGUUUGGCCUGAAAAGAAUGGCUCGUAUUCCGUGCAUUGGAAAGAGAUCGACUUCCAUGAUGAAAAACACAAAUAUGAGACUGUCGUAUUCGAGGGUAUGGGCAUCAAUGGCACACAAGUUGCAAUAAUUGAAGCCAAAGAAGCGCCCGUUCAAAUCCAUCAGAGUCAUUUGGGAGGCGUAUCGGCAGCUGGAAAAGUUUUUACUGUUGGUGUUCGUAUGAAGACUGAAAGGGGAUUCAUCUCCAACAUCGAUAACAUUGAAUACAUUGAAGUACAACCGGAUGGUUUGCAAACGAAUUCCUACAAAGCCGGCGGAUCAUCAUGGUUGUGGUUUAUUGUAUCGGGACUUGUGAUUGCCGCACUCGCAGGCACAAUUUUCUUCCUCGUGCAACGACAGCGAAGAUUGCAAAGCAGUUUCAGUCGCUUCGUUAAUGGUCAUUAUGAUACAAAGACUGGUGCAACGCGUUUCUUCGAAGACGAACACGAACAUCAUCACGAAACAGCUACCACAUUUGCGGAUGAUGAACCUCUUGUGGAAGCAUAAAAUGAUUAAUAAGCUAUAAAGUUUUAAGUACAUACUAUUAGGAAAUAUUUGUAAAAUAUUUAAAAAAAAAAGUUUUUAUUACCUCUUGAAUGUCGUCGUAUCGUCAUCGUCAUCGUCGUGAAAAUAUUAUUAUUAUUAUAAAUUUAUAUAAAAAUUGAUUUUACCCUUUAAUUAAUGAAAAAAGAAUAGAAAGUGUAUAAAAUUUAGAAAGAAAUAUUUAUUUAGCGAAGAAAAUAUAAUAAGAAGAAAAUGCUAAAAUUUAGGAGCAAUAAAUUUGUUUAUACUGAGA